UUUUUUUUUGGUUCUUUUUUUCGGAGCUGGGGACCGAACCCAGGGCCUUGCGCUUCCUAGGCAAGCGCUCUACCACUGAGCUAAAUCCCCAACCCCUUAUAGCAGAUCUUAAUUCUUGCAUCUCAGUUAACUAGAGGCUUCGGUCAGACUCAGAUGUGAGGACUUUUGUAUUCCCUGUGCAGCAGGCUGCAGGAGCUGUCAAAAUGGCAGAAAUUCCUUCCUGCCCCAGCCUGCAGCCUGUCAGGUAGCUCCACAGGAGCUGUCCACGGUGGCCGUGGCGGUGGCGGCAACUCCUUUCCUGCCUCAGCCUGCAGCUGUCUCAGGAGCUGUCCACGGUGAUGGUUCCUCCUUUCCAGCCUCCCCAAGCACCUCAGCUGUGAUGACCCCUCAGUCAUAGCUGCCACAGGAAGGUCUCAUCCUAACCUACAGGCCUGAUGCAGAGGGUAGGGGGUGAAAAACUUACCAAUCUCCGAGCAGGAAAUCCCACCAGUCCUCACUCUGGAAAUCUCUGCCCUGAAAAGCUCUGCCCCUAAAAAAAUAAAAAAUCCAGUAUCAGCCCUGCCCUUUGUUCAAGUCGCUGCUGUCCUCUCCUGGGAGUAGAGGCAGCCAUUCCUGAGUUUGUCCCUCCACACUUUGGACCCUUCCAACAAAUCUCUUUUAUGAUUUGGUGUGACUCUCUUAUCAGAGGAAGCAAAGAAGAGAAGGAGGGAAGACUGGAAAAAAUAGCAUGAGGCUGUGGUUCCUCAGCUCAGGCGGGGAAACCCUGUCCUAGGAGCUGUAACACCUCUGCUGAGGACGCUUCCUCUCAGAGCUGUGUAGUUCCCAGGAUACCCUGUUGUCUGAGCAGGAACACUUCACCAUUUCCUCCUGUUGUAUCCUGACCCAGUUGUCAUUGUCAUCGCCGUCUUCAUCUUCUUCCUUAAAUAGAAAACUGCUGCUUCUCCUGUAUCAGAUGGGGCUUCUGGAUAAAGAUCCCCACAUAAGUCUGUGCUCUUCGGGGUUCCCACAGCUGCCCAACUCGCUACCCAAUAAGGACACUUUCUUUCUUUUUUCUAUUUCUUUUUUGGCCUUUUCAGUUUCUUUCUACAUCAUCCUGGCUAUUCUCAAAAUCACUAUGUAGACCAGGUUGGCCUCAAAAAAGAGAUCCAAACUCUUGUUUUAUAAAAGCAAGAGUAAGAUAUAAAACCAGAAAGAGACUCAAAACCUUGGUGAAAUCAGAUGUGGUAGUGCAUGCGUGAGUUCCUGUCCUGACCCCCUUCAAUGAGGAACGAUAGGAUGGACUAAACCCUUUCCUCCCCAGCUGGGUUUUGGUCAUGGUGUUUGGUCACAGCAAUAGAAACCAUGACUAAGAUACCUAGUUUGCAGAGUGCCCUGGGUUUCAUCCCAGCACCAAAUAAAACUGGGGAUGCUGAAUUUGAGCAUGCAGGAGUUAAGAGGUAGAAGAACCAGGAGUUCUUGGUCAUCCACAGCUACAUAGUGAGUGUUGAGGCUAGCCUGGACAACAUGAGGCCCUAUCUGGAAAAGAAGAAAAGGCGAUUAUUGUUUUCAUUAAUAAGUAGUUUUUCUACUACUCCCUAGGACUGAUAUUGCUUGUCCUUGUCUGGGUUUAUUGUGCAGUGACCCCUCAGGCAAAGGUCAGAGUUCAGGCAGUCUGUAAAAUCAAAGGAUGUUAACAUCUAAGCUUGCAUUUCUAGGCAUUGGCAGUCACUGAGCAUGAACGGUGGACUGAAUAUUUUAAAAUAUAUUUAUUUUGUGAAUAUGGGUGCUUUGCCUGACUGUAUAUCCGUGUACUACAGUUGUACCUACUACUGCUGGAAGAUACAGUGUCAGAUUUUUGGCUUAGAACUCCAGAUGAUUGUUAGCCAUCAUGUGAGUGCUGGAUACAGACCUUGGGUCCUCUGUGAGAACAAGUGCUCCUAAGCACUGAGCAGUUCUCCCGCUGUGGAGAAAUCAGACAAGGCUUUCCUCCCAACAGAGUUGCUAGUGCCACAGAGAUGAUAUUCCAUGUUUGGAUCUCAGUCUAGUCACAUAUUUUGAGCAAGCUGAUCCAGUAUGUGGGGGUUUUGUUGUUCAUUUGUUUUCUUAAGGCAGGUUGUUUUUGAGAUAGUCCUGGGGGACCUGGAACUCACUCUGUAGACCAGGAUGUCCUCAAAUUCAAGAGAUCCACCUGCCUUUGCCUCCCAAGUGCUGGGAACCAGAGGUGUGUGCCACCACGCCCAGCCUUCUUACCAUUUUUGUUAUAGUUCUCUUUGGGAGGGGUAGUACAGAUAAUCAGAUCCAGGGCUUUGCACUGUGGCACAGUGGUAAUUAUUCUCAUAAGGUCUCUGGACAUUAGGUGUCAGACACAUCGACUCUAGUAUUCCAGGUGUUCAGUUGGCUCUCGAAGGCACAGACUCUUGGCGUGGCCUCUUGUGUGAAUCAUCUCCACACUCUGAACAGUCUUCCUUGUUGGUCUUCUGGUAUUUAUUCAGAAAGGAGCAAAGGGCUUGGUUUCAUACCCAGUCCUGGUUGUUUGUUUUUAAAAAUAUCUUUAUAGAAUGUUGGGUCCCAUGCAUGCUAGGCAAAUGCCCUACCACUGGGCUAUAUACUUUUCAUUUAAAAACAGGGUCUAUGGACUGGAGAGGUGGCUCAGCGGUUAAGAGCACUGACUGCUCUUCCAGAGGUUCUGAGUUCAAAUCCCAGCAACCACAUGGUGGCUCACAACCAUCUGUAAUGGGAUCUGAUGCCCUCUUCUGGUGUGUCUGAAGAUAGCUACAGUGUACUCACAUAUAAUAAAUAAAUAAAUCUUAAAAAAAAUUAAAAACAGGGUCUAUGUUGUCCAUGCUAUCCUGGACCGUGUUGAUGACACAGCUGUAUUAUUUAGGAAAGCAACAGUAUUGAGGUGAUUUCCCUGCUUCCUUACAAAUAAAAGGAUCAGCUAGCCAUUUGCCUUUUGUUCCCUCUGGUAGCUUAAAUGUGCAUUUCGCUGUACAAAAAAAGGGUAAGCCCAACGCUAUUAGUCUCACCACCAUACAACAAGCAAACAGCCUUGGAAGGUAGGUCAUUCAUUUCUAUAGACUACUUAGGAGCUGCCCAAGGUACAAGAUCAGUCAACUUACCAUUCUAGUCAUUCAGUUUUACCAGAUGUGCCCUUUAUGCAUCAAAACAUUUUCAUUGCUCCCUUCUCAAUUCCUGGCUGUGACAACUUUAUCAUCAUGGGAUGCUGCUGUUCAAAAAUCCAUGUUGACAUUGUGUGACUUUCCCUAGGAAGACAUAUAGAAAUGUCUUCUCCAACUAGGGCAAACAAACAUUGGAGAACACAAGAGUCUUCUACUCAUAACACAUCUCACAACCUGCUUAAAAACACACCAUCCACCUUCUUGCCCUUAAGAAUCCGUUGGCUUCAUUCAAAUGGGCCGCCUUCGCGGAUACCCAAUCAGAAUGCCCGGUCUUCAGCCACCGACCAAUAAAUGAAUGCAAUAGAUAGGAGGAAAGUAGGCAUGAAGCCAUCUCACCGCGCCAUUACAUUUUAGGGCAGGGAGGUUAAGAAGUCGGCAUGGCGUUUGGGUCAAUAAAAUCGAUAGCUGGAACCUGCCUGUGUUUUAGGCAGCGGUGGUGCAGGAGCGGCGCCGCCAUCUUCCCCGAAGGCAUCUUCCGGUGCUUCUCACCCAAGUUCCAGCAGGAGUUCCCUGAAUAACGGGGCGGUCUGUGUCUGGCCGCCCGGCCCCUCAGGCAGCCGAUUCAGAUUUCCUCCCGGCCGAAGGCCGGGCUUCUAAGUCUCGGGGUACGCGGUGCCCGGGGCAAGGCCGGGGAGCAGGUCCAAUGGCGCCGCCUUCGGCCCCGCUGCUUGAGCAGGCACCCGGAGAGGUUGGACCUACUCGGAGAAGGGGCAGGAGACCAAGGGCCUUGAAGUUCGCGGAUGUGGCCGUGUACUUCUCCUCGGAGGAGUGGGGGCGUCUGCGGCCCGCGCAGAGGACUCUGUACCGGGAUGUGAUGCGCGAGACCUACGGCCUCCUGGGCGCGCUCGAAACCAGGACCAGGCAGAAGAAUGAAGAGAAGGAAGUAUUCCCACCUAAGGAUGUACCCCGAAAGGGGAAGCGAGGGCGGAAGCCCAGCAAACCCCGGCUGAUUGCCAGGCAGACAUCCGGCGGCCCCAUCUGCCCUGACUGUGGCUGUACCUUCCCUGACCUCCCCGCCCUGGAGAGCCACAAGUGCGCCCAGAAUCUGAAGAAACCCUACCCCUGCCCGGAUUGUGGGCGCCGCUUUUCCUACCCAUCCCUGUUGGUCAGUCACAGGCGGGCACACUCUGGUGAGUGCCCUUACGUUUGUGACCAGUGUGGCAAACGUUUUUCCCAGAGGAAAAACCUGUCUCAGCACCAAGUCAUACACACAGGAGAGAAGCCCUACCACUGCCCUGACUGUGGCCGCUGCUUUCGACGGAGCCGGUCCUUGGCCAAUCACCGGACCACGCACACCGGUGAGAAGCCUCAUCAGUGCCCUAGUUGCGGGCGUCGCUUCGCCUAUCCAUCUCUGCUCGCUAUCCACCAACGGACACACACAGGAGAGAAGCCCUACACCUGCCUAGAAUGCAGCCGUCGUUUCCGCCAGCGCACUGCCCUGGUCAUCCACCAGCGCAUCCACACUGGAGAGAAGCCUUACCCGUGUCCUGACUGUGAGCGGCGUUUCUCCUCUUCCUCUCGCCUGGUUAGCCACCGGCGUGUGCACUCUGGGGAGCGGCCCUAUGCCUGUGAGCACUGUGAAGCCCGCUUCUCUCAGCGCAGCACCCUGCUCCAGCACCAGCUUUUGCACACAGGGGAGAAACCCUACCCCUGCCCAGACUGUGGCCGUGCCUUCCGAAGGAGCGGCUCCUUGGCCAUCCAUCGCAGCACCCACACGGAAGAGAAGCUGCACGCCUGCGAUGACUGUGGCCGCCGCUUUGCCUAUCCCUCGCUGCUGGCCAGUCAUCGGCGUGUGCACUCAGGAGAGCGGCCCUAUGCCUGUGACCUUUGCUCCAAACGCUUUGCCCAGUGGAGCCACUUGGCUCAGCACCAGCUUCUGCACACUGGGGAAAAGCCUUUCCCUUGCCUUGAGUGUGGCAGGUGCUUCCGCCAGAGGUGGUCCCUGGCUGUCCACAAGUGCUGCCCCAACACCCACAAUGGCAGCCCUAGACCACUUAUAGGAGGGCCCAAUCAGAGGAGCAGUGCUCUUUAGCAUGACAAAGAUUAUGGAAAGUCACUUUAUGGGGGCGUGCAAAACUCAGAGGAGAAGACCUAAAGCCCUGGCCCCCUGCUCCACACCCUGAACUCCACCACACUGGCUGCCCUAUAGCAUGUCUGAAACAGUUAUCAGGAGACAUGAUGCCAUUUGAUUAAAGUUUUCCGAGCUAACUUGUCUUAAAA